AUGCAAGGUUUCAAUAGAACCACUGUGGUUACACAGUUCAUCCUGGUGGGGUUUUCUAGCCUGGGGGAGCUCCAACUGCUGCUUUUUGUCAUCUUCCUUCUUCUGUACUUGACAAUCCUAAUGGCCAGUGCAACCAUCAUGACUACUAUCUGCUUCAGCAGGACUUUACACACUCCCAAGUAUGGUUUCCUAUUCAUCCUUUCCUUUUCUGAGUCCUGCUACACUUUCGUUGUCAUCCCUCAGCUGCUGGUCCACCUGCUUUCGGCCACCAAGACUAUCUCUUUCAUAGCCUGUGCCACCCAGCUCUUCUUCUUCCUUGGCUUUGCAUGUACCAACUGCUUUCUCAUUGCUGUGAUGGGAUAUGAUCGCUAUGUGGCAAUUUGCCACCCCCUGAGGUACACACUCAUCAUGAACAAAAGGCUAGGUUUGGGGUUGGUAUCUCUGUCAACAGUCACAGGUUUCUUUAUUGCUUUGGUGGCCACCAACCUCAUAUGUGGCAUGCAUUUUUGUGGCCCAAACAGGGUCAACCACUAUUUCUGUGACAUGGCACCAGUUAUUAAAUUAGCCUGCACAGACACCCAUGUAAAAGAACUAGCUCUGUUCAGCCUCAGCAUCCUGGUAAUCAUGGUGCCUUUUCUGCUAAUUCUCAUAUCCUAUGGCUUCAUCGUUAACACCAUCCUAAAGAUCCCCUCGGCUGAGGGCAAGAGGAAAGCAUUUGCCACCUGUGCCUCGCACCUCACUGUGGUCUUUGUCCACUAUGGCUGUGCCUCCAUCAUAUACCUUAGGCCCAAAUCCAAGUCUGCUUCAGACAAAGACCAGUUGGUGGCGGUGACCUACACUGUUGUUACUCCCCUGCUUAACCCUCUUGUCUACAGUCUCAGGAACCAGGAGGUGAAGACUGCCCUGAAAAGGGUUCUGGGGAUGCCUGUGGCAACCAAGCGAUCCAACAAAAAAUUGCAAAGUUAA